UUUCCCUUGGAUCUUUCACAGUUGUUCUUAUUUGAGCCAAAUGGCUUUUCCCACCGACAAAAUCUAUGGAUCAGAACCUCAGCUUUUGAGGAUCAAAUGUCCCGCUCCUGGUUUCGCCUCUGUGUCCUGGAUUGGCACUUGCCCCCCAAUCCCCCAACCACAGCUGCCCCAUCUGAAGAGACCCAGAGUUGUAAACGAAUGCGUCUAGGAAACUCCGCGACUUAAGGAAAGCACGAGGCAUUUCAGAAAUGACGGUGGCGUUUGGGGCCACCUUCCUUUCCACGCUCAAAAAAACGUGCAACCAGAGACUAAAAGCUGCAGUUGACUGAAGGGCUUGAGUCCUCCGACGUUGGCCAUCAGUAGCACCCCAACUUGCACCAUUCCAGAAGAACACGCUCACCCCAAGUUCUGGAAUCCAAGUUGAGCUGCAGCCAGACGGGGAAAAUAUUCCGCUCGAAAAUCUUGCCGUUCUUGGCUUAUUUGCAAUAGACUUGGCCAUGCCAGACUCCGCCUCCCUACCUGUUAGUGCAUUAAAGUGACGUGUCCUAGCCCAGGUGAACAGUCCGUUGCAGAUGGGGAUGGGCAGAGGGCUGGCUUCCUGGGAGAUGGGUCACCUUCUCCUGCUGAGGCCCGGUCUGCGUCUUUUAUGAUCCAUGCCAGGUUGGAACGGUUGAAGGAUGCCAUUGGCACCUGCUUCAGGAUUCCCCAACUUCCAUGGAUCCCAGCAUGUCUAGGCCAAGACCCGGUUGAGCUGACAUCUGAGGAAGAUGAAGACAUAACUAGAGAAACUCUUCAAUUGAGGUCUUUGUUCAAAAAAGGAUCUGUCCUUGGGUUGACGUCGGGCGUUCCUUCUCCUAGGAGAUGAAAGUCUAGUUUCUAGAUCUUUGGUUGCCCCAACCAUGAAGGCCAAAAGCAAAGGAACCAAGCGUCGGAACGCGGUCAGUGAAGAGACUUUAAGCCAAGAACCCACUGAGAGCAGAGAUGAUCUUCUGAAAUAUUCACGGCGCAAGGAAAAGAGGAACAAGGAAAGCCCAAAGGUGACCUCCAAACUUCCUUGGAGCAGCAAAGAUCGGCGCUUGCGGAGGCUGGAGAGCAACGAACGCGAACGCCAACGCAUGCACAAACUCAACAAUGCCUUCCAAGCCUUGAGGGAAGUCAUCCCUCACGUCCGGGCCGAGAACAAGCUCUCCAAAAUUGAGACCCUCACGUUGGCCAAGAACUACAUUAAGUCCCUCACGUCCACCAUUCUCAGGAUGUCCAACGGACACCACCCGUCGGUUGAAGGCACGGGCUCUGAAGGCAAGUCCAAACUCUACGAACACUACCAACAGCAGUAUGAGGAAGGAGAUGAACCCAAGGAGCAACUUCAGAAGUACUCCACCCAAAUUCAUAGCUUCAGACAAGGCAGCUAAAGCUGUACGUCUGCAGUGGUCUUCCAGGGUCCAGGAAGACAUCCAACACGUCAAGUGGACGUAUGUGACUUUUCUCUGUAGUUUUGCAAAAUGGAAACCCAGCUUUGAACUUCUGAUUUACGAGAGGAUCUGGGCAUGAAUCCAUCUUACUUACAUGCAUAAGUAUAGAGUCUUAUAGGUCCCACAGGGUCUCCUCCAGCUUGUGCAUGGGAUUGAAUUAGAAGACUUCCAAGGUCUCGUCCAACUCUGAUAUUCUGUUAUAAUCCAUCCAGAUUUUUUAAUAUAGUUUAGUGUCUUAAAAAGUAAGAAUUUUUUUAACUUCUUUUUUAAAAAAAGAAAAGAAGCCAAUAUUCCUACAAUGAAUGUAAACUGCAAGCUGUUAGUUAUCCCAGGUCAGGAAGAUCUCCAGAUGUUUUUCAAGUUCAAUUUCCUAUUAGUUGUAGCCCUUAUGAUCCAAGAUGAGGGAUGUUCGUGUUAGCUCCUCAACAUCUGGAGAUCGAUAAAACACCCACCCACUCCCGUUUCUGACUUCAAGCUCAAACUAGAUAAAUUCAUGUUAGUUGUUAGAAUUUGUAUGAAUGUUAUAUAUAUAUGUUUGUAUGUGUGUGUUUUUAAUUGAUAAACCAGCAUGCAGGACUCUAGAUGCAAUAUGAAGUGUUAAUGCCACUUUAUAAGGCCUUGGUAAGGCCACACUUGGAAGACUGCAUCCAGUUUUGGUCGCCACGAUGUAAACAAAAGAUGUGGAGACUCUAAAAAGAGUGCAGAGAAGAGCAACUAAGGUGAUUAGGGGACUGGAGGCUAAAACAUAUGAAGAACGGAAAAGAAAUGAAAAAAAGGAUUAAGGGAGACAGUCUUCCAAUAUCUCAGGGGCUGCCCCAAAGAAGAGGGAGUCAAGCUAUUCUCCAAAGCACCUGAAGGCAGGACAAGAAGCAAUGGGUGGAAACUAAUCAAGGAGAGAAGCAACCUAGAACUAAGGAGAAAUUUCCUGACAGUGAGAACAGUUAAUCAGUGGAACAGCUUGCCUCCAGAAGUUGUAAAUGCUCCAACACUGGAAGUUUUUAAGAAUAGAUUGGAGAACCAUUUGUCUGAAGUGGUGUAGGGUUUCCUGCCUAAGCAGGGGGUUGGACUAGAAGACCUCCAAGGUCCCUUCCAACUCUGUUAUUCUAAAUUCUCAAUUUUAGAAGACAGACCUUGUGCAAAAAAGGGGCUUUAACAUCAUCAUCUCCUUUGGGAUCAGGACAAAGUAACUUUUCUAUUCCAAUAGAAAUUGGCGCGUCAGGAUAGAACCACAGUAAUGACUAGAGAAUAAAUAUUCCCUUCUCCCCGUUUUCAGGGUUUUGAUCUACGUAGACUAUGUUUUGUGUUUUAAUAUUUAAAAAAAACCCCACCAUAAAUAGCCUCUCAUUUAGCUGUCUGUAUUUUGCAUGCUGACGGAAGAUUUAUGUUUUCAAUCAAUGAAUUAAAUAGUCAAGAGUGUUUUGGUCUUCGUUUCUGUAUUCUGGGACUCGCGUUCUGCUGAUGAUGGUUAAGGAACAUGAACAGAUGUUUUUCUAAGCUGUUCAUGGAGACUGGGUGACUG